AUGCCAAAUGAUGACAGAGCCCAGACCGGAUUGCAGAAAGCUCUAUCAUUCAUCCAGGCGCAAUUUCUACCCCUGGCGCUGCUUGCAGCUAUGAUUGUCGGGUACUUGUUUCCGGGCCCGGGUUUGAGGGCGGCGGAUGCGGGCCUGCAGAGCCUGACAACUACAGGCAUCUUCAUCAUCUCCGGGCUGGGCCUGCGCCGCGGCGAGGCGCUGCGCGCGCUGUCGGCCUGGGGCGCCAUCCUGUACGGAUUUGCUUCUAUAUUGUUCAUCACCCCUCUUGCAGCGCUGGCUGUGCUGCGGCUGCCCCUGGGCUCGCCCGAGCUCGCCUUUGGCCUGGCCGUCUUCUGCUGCAUGCCCACCACGCUCUCCAGCGGCGUGUCACUCACGCAGGCAUUUGGUGGAAAUGCAGCGCUGGCGCUGCUGCUGACAGUGGGCACAAAUCUGGUGGGCAUCUUCACGAUGCCCUUUAUGCUGUGCUGGCUGCUGGGCGCCGGCAACUCCGCCGUGAGCCUGACCCCGGGGCCGCUGCUGCGCUCCCUCAUGCGCACCAUCCUCGCUCCGCUGCUCGUGGGCGCAGCCGCACGCGCCUUCGUCCCUGGUGUGGCAGGGCAGGUCGACAAGAACAAGAAGGCGCUGGCGCUGCUGAGCGCGUGCCUGCUGGCGCUGGUGCCCUGGAUGCAGAUCAGCCGCGCGGUGUCGUCCACCGUCGACGUCAGCCUCACCGCACUCGCCAAAGUCGUCGCCGCCGGCGUGGCAGUCCAUUUGGUGUACUUGGCCUUCAACAGCGCCGCCGUGCAGCUGCUGCGCAUCGGCGGACCGCCCGGCAAAGAAUCUGCGGGGGAGCGGCGGGCUCUGAUUCUGGUGGGGAGUCAGAAGACUCUCCCCAUAGCUGUGACGGUGUUGGGCCAACUGGGCUCCGUCUUGCCAGGGCCUGUGGGCAUAGCAGUCGUGCCAUGCGUGGUUUCCCACCUGAGCCAGAUCCUCAUAGACUCCUUCCUGGUGUCGCACUGGUUGCGCCAGGAUGCUGACAGCCAGCAAGAGCUGAAAGGCAGAACAGCUUAGCUGCAUAGUAAUCAGAAGCAAGUAUUAUGCUGUCAUUUGCACAGGCGAGGGCGUUGAAAGAGCGCUGAUUCUGGUGACCAGCCAGAAGACCCUGACGGUGGCCGUGCCUGUCUUGAGCAGCCUAGCACAACAUUCAGCACAUACUGUCACAGCCAGCACGGCAGCACUAGCUGUCGUGCCUUGUGUAUUUGUCCAUUUGCUCCAGACGGUCAUAGACUUUGUCAUUGUUGCUCAGUGGAUUAGACGGGACAGUGUCAGUGAACAAGAGGAUCAUUGGCCCAAGGAUGCAAGAGUUGUAAAAUAGCUUACAAGA